AUGUCGGCCGACUUCUGGGCCGGCUAUCUAAGCGGCGCUGUUGGUAUCAUCAUCGGAAAUCCUCUUGAUGUAAUCAAAGUACGACGGCAAGCACAGCGAACGAGCCCAGUAACAAGUCUGCCCUCUUCCUCCAUUCCUACAGGGACAUCAGUGGCAGCUUCUGCAAUUAAUCAGAGCACCUCACUCGGCACACGUUUCCUUGGAUCAUAUACGUCUUUAGUGACUGGGACGGCGGCGCCAAUUCUCGGUUAUGGCGCUCUGAAUGCUCUACUCUUUGUUUCCUACAACCGCACAGAGUCUGCACUGAACAGCAUUUCCUCGACGUCCGACAGUCUAUGGAACACUUGGAUCGCUGGCGCUGUGGGCGGCCUUGCGACAUGGAUCGUCAGCACCCCUACCGAGCUCAUCAAGUGCAGAGCGCAAUUGGCUUCUCCCCCAAUGUCAAGCUGGGCUAUCACCAAACAGAUAUGGAGACAAGAAGGAGUUCGAGGUCUUUACUUUGGUGGAACUGUGACUGCUUUACGAGACAGUGUUGGCUAUGGAUUCUAUUUCUGGUCGUAUGAAUUGAGCACCCGUUGGUUAGCUACCGAACCUGAUGAGCAAACUUCAUUUCAUCAUGAAGCCGCCAAGGUCUUGUUCUGUGGAGGAUUAGCCGGCGUGGCCACUUGGGCUAGUAUCUUUCCCCUCGAUGUCAUCAAGACGAGGGUUCAGGCUCAGACUGCUGUUGGACUGGCGGAAACAUCACCUCUCUUGCAAUCAAACGGAUCUUUACGGACUUCACGAGCAGGUGCUCUUCAAGUUGCACAGGAAGCGUAUCGUGAAGGGGGAUCCCGUGUUUUCUUCCGAGGGCUGACUGUUUGUAGUGUUCGAGCCUUCAUUGUCAAUGCCGUUCAAUGGGCUGUAUACGAAUGGGUCAUGCUCGAACUUGGACAUGGACGUAAGAAGGCUGUACCCAGCGACUUUAGGGUAGACAUGGCAGAAGCAUGA